AUGACCAGUGUCUGCGGAAGGUCAUUGACGUCGCAGGUAUGCGCCGACUCCGUACUCAUUCUCCAUCUCGUAUGUGUGGGGGGGACGUUCGAGACUCUCCCCAAGCUCGUCCACGCUACCCUCGAAGAGUACCGCACCGCAGAGUCGCUGCUGUACGAAGAAGUCAUUUUUGAUUUCGGGACAAGAAGAAAACUCGCUGCGUGGACGAAGAAGGCGGCGCAGUUGGGCGCGAAGCUAGCUGCACGGAACUUUGGGCGCAAAAUAAUCUUUGUCACAGUUCAUAGUGAGAUGAGGCGCGGUGACUUGUUUGCGGGAAAGGACGAGAACGAGAAGGAUUUUAUGAACUUUCUCUUCAGCGCGCCGCUCGAUGAAUUAGUUUUCGCGUCCACCCUUUACAUGCUCGCGUGUGGACAUGUCGUUGAAUUUGAAGAAUCGUUUACAGCAUUGAAGCAAUCCAUCGUACGUCUCAGCCCGGAAUAA